AUGACUAAUGCGGACGAAAUCAAGGCCCUCAAAUCUAAGAGAGCCAAUGUUAGACGAAAACUUACUCGGUUCAUUAAUUUUGUAAAUCAAGAAGAAAACAAAAAUAAACGCGACGAAAUUAGUGUGCGAUUGCAAGGUAUAUAUUCAUUAUUGCAAGAAUUUGAGGAUUAUCAUACGCAAAUACAUGUCUUUGAUGAAACGCAAGCGACAGAAGAUGAGCUUAAUAAUUUCGAAGACGAUUAUUAUCAAAUAAUUAGCGAGGCAAAAAAUGUAAUUAACAACAGUACCGAUUCUAGUAACGGCAGCGCAGUUUCAGCUAACGUAAAAUUACCGGACAUUCAACUACCCACCUUUACGGGUUUAUUUACCGAGUGGAUCAGCUUUCGUGAUUCAUACAAAACAUUAAUUCACGAUAGUCAACUGAAUCCAAUACAAAAAUUCCACUACCUGAAGGGCAGCCUAAAGGGAGAGGCGCAACAAACUAUAGCGCAUUUGUCCCCGUCUACAGAAAAUUAUGAAUCGGCGUGGUCAUUAUUGGUAAAGCGAUACGAAAACAAACGGAUAAUAGUACAACAUCAUGUACGCGCCCUUUUUACGUUGCCCGUGAUUAACAAUAAAGAUUCAAAGUCACUUAGGUCAAUGUUACAGACUUUACACACAAAUCUAAAGGCCCUAGAAAACAUUAAACGUCCCACCGACCAGUGGGACGAUUUGCUCUUACAUAUGAUAGCGGCAAAAUUUGAUCAACAUACGACCGUCGCAUGGGAAAGCACUCUUUCCAGCGAAAUUCCAAAUAUGGAAUCAAUGUUCCAAUUUUUAACGCAGAGAUGCCAGAUGUGGGAGGCAUUUGAAGCUAACCACAGUUUCAAGUCAGGUUCAAGUAGUUUCCAGAAGCUUAAUAAAAUACCUAAUAAUCGUAGUUCCUCACAUCUAGUCAAUUCUACCGUUAAUCAACCCAUAUGCCCGUAUUGCAAACAAUCACACAAUAUUUAUAAUUGUCAAGGUUUUUUGGACUUAUCUGUAGAGCAGAGAUAUUCCGAAAUUAAAAGACGCAAAUUAUGUGUAAACUGCCUUAGAGGUGGACAUAAAUUAGAAACCUGCGCCUCUAGUAAUUGUAGAAAGUGCCAUAAGCGCCAUAAUUCCUUGUUGCAUUUUGAAAACUCUUCAAGUGAAUCAGAACCGUCAACAUCCUCAUCAAAGAUUACCAGUAGCAAUUGUGCGCAAAUUCUUAACAAAAACAUCACUCUUUCUACCGCAGUUAUUAAUGUUUUAGGUAAGAACGGUAAACAAGUGCAAUUUCGCAUAUUGUUAGAUAACGGGUCCGUCUCAAAUUUCAUCACUGAAAGAGCCGUUAAAAUCUUAGGAUUACAAAAUUUACACAAUAUUAAUUUGCCAUUGAUAGGAAUAGGUUGCACUUCGUCCACUAUUAAACAAGCUGUAAAGGUCAAAAUUUCAUCCAUUUGUAACGCAUUUGAGGCCAAAUUAGAUUUUUUAAUUGUUCCCGAAAUAACAGGCAACGUACCGUCUACAGAAUUUCCGCCACUCGCCAAUUUACCUCCAAAUGUUAAGUUGGCCGACCCUAUGUACAAUGUGUCGCAACCGGUCGAUCUCUUAAUCGGUAACGAGAUUUUUUGGGAUCUCAUGUGCAUAGGUCAGAUUCGACUUGGUAAACAAGGGCCAAUAUUACAAAAAACACAUUUUGGUUGGAUAGUGGGGGGCGCUGUCGCGGCUAGGUACAAUCAGAAAACGGCCUCUUGUAACGUAAUCAAUGUAUCCCUGGAUAAUGAACUAAAAAAAUUUUGGGAAAUAGAAGAAUUCGCGGAAGGUACACCUGUUAGUGGCAAUGACCUGUGCGAAGAAUACUUUCCGGAAGGUCUUUCCAGAAAUGCAGACGGACGCUUUAUAGUUAAAUUACCCCUAAUAAACGACCCUCCGAAUAUAAGUACUUCAAAGGACCGAGCGUUAAAAUUGUUUUACAACUUAGAAAGGCGGAUGCACAAAAAUCCUCAAUUGCUGAAACAAUACUCAGAAUUUAUGGAUGCUUAUUUGUCGCUCGAACACAUGUCUGAAAUUCCAAAACCAGACAAUUCAGGGUAUUUUUUAAGCCAUCACCCAGUUUAUAAUGAAUCUUCUCCCACGACUAAACUGCGAGUAGUUUUUAACGCGUCUUUAAAAACCAGCAACAGUAAGUCAAUAAAUGACAACUUACUGACAGGGCCCAACUUACAACAGGACCUUUUCAGCAUCUUGAUUCGUUUUAGAACUCACAAAAUAGUAAUUACGGCCGACGUGCAAAAAAUGUACCGUCAAAUCUUGUUACAUGAUGACCAUAAGAAGUACCAACAAAUAUUUUGGCGUCACAAUACUAACGAACCGGUCAAGGUUUAUCAAUUAAACACCGUUACUUAUGGGUUUGCUAGCUCUUCUUUUCUUGCCACAAGAUGUUUAAUAGAACUCGCCAAUCAGUCAAAAUUUCAAUAUCCCAGAGCAUCCGAUUUAAUUUAUAACGAUUUUUAUGUCGAUGAUCUCAUUACAGGGGCUGAUACCAUUGAACAAGCCUCACAAUUGUUAACAGAAGUAAAUUUCAUUUUACAAUCGGGAUGUUUUCAAUUGCACAAAAUAAAUUCCAACUGCCCCAGCUUAGUGAGUAAUCUUCAGGUAAAUAUGCAAAGUACCGUGUCCUUGGAUAAACAGCAACCCACAAAGACAUUAGGGGUCCUUUGGCAUAACGAUACCGACACAAUUACGUUCUCUACGAAUGGUAAAAUAUCGUCCCAACCGCAAGUAACAAAGAGAGCAAUUUUGAGUACCAUCGCCAAGAUUUUCGACCCACUCGGAUUAGUAUCACCCAUAACCGUAACCGCUAAAAUUAUCCUACAGAAAAUUUGGGCUUUGAAGAUUAAUUGGGACGAAAGCUUACCUGCCGAUUUACAUACAAUUUGGGAAAGUUUUGUUAAAAAUUUCGGUGCGUUAGAUAAUAUCUCAAUACCGCGUAGAGUUAUUCACACUUUGGAGGCUGUGCAGCUUCAUGGGUUUUGCGACGCUAGCCAAAAUGCCUACGGUGCCUGUGUAUAUUUGCGCACGAGGGAUUCAAUGGGUAUUUAUCGGGCCCAUCUGUUAUGCGCUAAGAGUAAGGUAGCUCCGUUACAAUGUUUAACAAUUCCACGUUUAGAAUUAUGCGCGGCCUUGUUAUUAGCUCGUAUGUUAGAUAAGGUGACAAAGAUUCUUAAUGUGGCGAUUCGAGAAAAAUUUUACUGGACGGAUUCAUCGAUUGUUUUGUCGUGGAUAAGUUUAAACCCCGCGACCUUAAAGGUUUUUGUCUCUCACCGCAUCGCCGAAAUACAGUCACUUUCGGCAGAUGCUGAUUGGCAUUACGUACCGUCAAACAAAAACCCCGCCGAUAUUCUGUCACGGGGCUGUACUCCGUCUCGGUUAAAUCAGUCGCUCCUAUGGUGGCAUGGACCCGAAUUUCUUCAAACCAAUACAGAGCACAUCAAUUUUACGGCUAAAGAACAUCCGCAGUUAGUGAUUCCCGAAAUUAAGGCGGUUUGUUGUUUAUCUAUCGUUAAUCAAAAGCCUGAGGAUCCAUUUCAUUUACUACAUAGAUUUUCUUCAUUGGUGAAACUUAUCAGAGUCACUGCCUAUAUUUUGCGUUUUAAGCAUAGCGUAACAAACAAGAAAAACACCAUAAAGGGUUCUUUAACUUGUGAAGAAUUGCAACGGGCCCACGAUGUCGUAAUCAAGAGCUUGCAAUCCGAAGUUUUUGCGGAAGACCUGCACAAUUUACGGCAUCACAAACAACUUUCUAAAAACAGCAAAAUUCUAAAUUUAAACCCCUUCAUAGAUGAAUUCGGACUCUUAAGAGUCGGCGGUCGAUUAAAUAAUUCGGAACUGUUACCUGAUCAACAACAUCAAUUAUUACUGCCCAAAAAUCAUCCAGUCACCAAGUUAAUAAUAAAAAAAUAUCACGAUGAAAGCGCGCAUUCGGGGUGUCAAGCGACUCUAUCUGCCUUAAGACAAAAAUAUUGGCCCAUUGCAGCUCGCGCAACCGUUCGCGGAGUGAUAUUUAAUUGCCUAAAAUGUUAUCGUGUCAAACCCAUUGUUUAUCAACACUUAAUGUCAAAUCUUCCGAAGUCCCGAGUUACGCCUUCGCGGCCAUUUAGUAUAUCCGGAGUGGACUAUGCAGGUCCUUUUCUUAUAAAAAAUGGAUAUGGGCGUACCACCAAAACAGUCAAAGUCUACAUUGUAAUAUUUGUCUGCUUUAGUACCAAAGCGGUUCACAUUGAAAUGGUUUGCGGGUGCUCAUCCCUCACUUUCUUGAAUACACUUAAGCGAUUUAUAGCACGCCGGGGUAAACCGAGUCAUUUAUACUCUGACAAUGGCACUAACUUUGUAGGGUCUAAUCGCCAUCUGCAUGAAUUAAAGACAUUAUUUGAAAGUAGUGAGUUUAGAUCGAGCGUAAUAGAUAUCCUUAGCAUUCAAAAUAUACAGUGGCAUUUUAUACCUCCACAUUCCCCGCAUAUGGGUGGAAUUUGGGAGGCUGCUGUCAAAACCGCCAAAGGUCAUCUUAAGAGGGUUAUAGGAAAAACAUUAUUAAAUUUUGAUGAAAUGAGCACUUUGUUGGCAAUGAUCGAAAGCUGCAUGAACUCACGUCCCUUAACCCCUCUUUCCAAUGACCCGAAUGAUCUCAACGCCUUGACGCCCGGACACUUCUUGAUUGGUGCCCCCCUGAUCGCCGCUCCGGAACCCAACCUCGUGGACGUGCCCUGUAAUCGCCUCACCCGUUACCAACUGGUGGAACAACUACGGCAACACUUUUGGCAAAGAUGGUCUAGGGAGUACUUGCACACUUUACAACAGCGAUGCAAGUGGAAUCGUUUACCGGCCCGUCAACCUGCACCAGGAGAUCUCGUCAUCCUCAAAGAGGACAACACUCCACCGUUACAAUGGCCCCUCGCUAGGAUUACUGCAUUACAUCCCGGGCAGGACGGUCAAUGCAGAGUGUUAAGUGUAAAAACUGUGCGCGGAGUGUAUAAAAGGCCAAUUACGAAAGUGUGUGCAGUGCCUUGUACAGACUGA